AAAUACUACACAUAGAUCAUCAUGGGUUGGUUCGGCGAUGACUCUGACCAGGCCAAUGCCUACAACACCACCCAGAACGAUCAGCCCCACGAGGCAUCCUGGAGCCACGAGCUGAUCGCCGGCGCCGCUGCCUACGAAGCUGCCCGCGCCUACGAGAAGCACUGCGAAGCUAACGGUGCCCCCGCUUCCCACGACGAGGCCAAGGCCCUCCUUGCCGGAUUCGGUGGUGCUUUCGUCGACCGUGAGGUUGAGACCAAGGGCCUCGACUGGAUCGACAAGGAGAAGGCCAAGAGCCAGGCUCAACAGCAGGCUGAGGACGGCCUCGCCCAGUCCGGCCAGUUCUAGACUGCUGCGCAGCCUAUCCAUAUACCAUCUAGCUGAAUGUUCUGUGUAACAACCGUAAACUCAAAGAAAGAAUGUCACUGUUUGUCCUGUU